AUGACCAAAAAGAAAGGCACAAAAAAAUCGAUGGACCCAUCGCUACUCACCCCCGAAUACAUUGCAGAACAGCGACGAUUAAGGGAAGAGCGUAAGGCUAAAGAACGAAAAGAAAAAGAAGCUCACGGUGUAUUCGAUGGCCCCGAGCCACAAGAGAAGUUCAUUAAACGGCCAUUCUUAGCACUACCCAAUGAAGUAGGUAAUGGCAAUGAUGAGGUUGGCGAGACUCCAAAAUUGAGUGUUAAGAUAAUGAGCUAUAACAUCCUUGCUCAAUGUCUUAUUCGAAGAUCCUUAUUUCCCACCAAUGGCAAAAUCCUCAAAUGGUACAUCCGAAAAGAGAUAUUAUUGGCAGAGUUGCGAUGGUAUGAUCCAGAUAUUUUAUGUUUACAAGAAUGUGACAAGUUGCAAUUCCAUAAUUUUUGGCAAAGCGAAUUAGCCAAGCUGGGCUACGAAUGUAAAUUCCAUAGAUACAAUACUAAAAACCACGGUCUUGUUAUUGCUUACAAAACCGAAAUUUUUUUAAUCAAGCAUCAAAGCUUUAUAAAAUAUGAUCAAGAUGUUAAACCAUUGAAAGCUAAUUGUAAAGCAGGCGAAGCCAGCGAAGUAAACCAAGAUUGUGACAGAGUGGAAUUACCCCCAGCAAGGAUCCAAACCAAAAAUGUCGGGUUUAUGUGUUAUCUAGAAUUCAAACAAAGCGUAUUAGAAAGAUUCCCAUAUUUAAAACAAAGAAAUGGCGUGAUUAUAGGCACAACACAUGCCUUCUGGCAUCCCUUUGGAACAUAUGAUAGAACAAGACAAAUGUAUAUAAUUCUUCACAAGUUUAGAGAAUUCCACCACACCAUGCAAGUUUUAUCAAAGAACAAGUUUCCAUUCUAUUCCUUUUUUACUGGAGACUUGAACUCAGAGCCCUUUGAUGCACCAUACUUGUCACUCGUGGAAAAACCUGUUUCGUAUGAGGGACAAGUUAAAAAUGUUUUGGGAUGUUCAUUAAGUUACGUAUACUCUUCAGAUCGUGACUUGGAUGAAAGUGAAGACGAAAUCCCAGAAGGAGCAGAACAUGUAGAAGAGCAGAAAAAUGGUAGAGAGGAGGAGAAGAAGGAGGAGGAGAAGGAGGAGGAGAAGGAAGAGAAGGAAGAUGCAGCAGCAGCAGCUGAAGAUUCAAAUGAUUCACUGACAGAACUGGCAAAUACUUUAGGCAUUAACGAAGAUAAUUUAUCUCAAACGCCCGAUCUGGAAAGAGACUCUCGAGAAAUUGAACGAUUGCAAAAUCCAGAUACUCCUGAACCAUCCAAGUUUGAACCCACUGAAAAGCAAGAUCGAAUGAUGCAACAAUUGGCUGAUGCUCAUAAUGAUCUCCCGUUGCGGGCUAUUUCCCUCUAUUCAGCUGGCUAUUCACUGGUACAUCCCGAUAAUGCACAAAAUUGUCGAAACGAGCCAGAGUUUUCCAAUUGGGUGGAUAAAUGGGUUGGAAUGUUAGACUACAUCUUGAUGAUUGUCCCAUGGAACAAACAACAAGAUACUAGAAAAAUUGAUACACCGCAGGAUUUAGAGAAACACAAUGUAAAAAUUAAAAAGCUAUUAAAGCUACCUAAACCAAAAGAAAUGGGACCAAAGCCAAAUGGACAGCCUAGAUUGUACCAGUAUCCAUCUGACCAUCUAUGUAUCAUGGCAGAAAUUGAACUAUUAUAG